AUGUUCCAAUCUUGCCUCCCGACUGCAUCGGCAGUGUUGUUACUCUCACUCUCUCCGUCACUUUCUCUGGCGGCCACCAAACAAGAGUACAUCGACCACACACUCAAUGCCUCAGACAUCCUGAACCAGCAGUGGUACAGCCAGAAUGACGGGAUGUGGCAAGAACUGUGGUGGAACAGCGGCGCCAUACUGGCCACGAUCGGCGACGUGGCACUACUCAACGACGGUUUCAAGCAAACAGCCGUCGACAUCUACUCAAAGAGUCUCACUGCGGCGAAGGCAGCCAAUGGCAACAGCUGGCUGAAUGAAUUUUACGACGACGAAGGUUGGUGGGCGAUGGGAUGGAUCAAGGCCUACGACGUCACUCAAGACACCAAAUACCUGGAUGCGGCCAACGAGAUCUUCAACGACUUGCUCACCGGCAACGAUGCCACCUGUGGCGGCCAUUGGUGGAGCAAAGAUAAGACAGACAACACUGCGAUCGGCAAUGAACUGUACCUUGCAAUUGCGGCGUCUUUAGCAAACCGCAUGGAUGACGGUACAUCGUACCAGAAGUAUGCACAGUCGCAGCUCGACUGGUUCCUCGGUGCGGGAUUUUUCAACGAGAACCACACCAUCAGCGAUGGCCUCAACGUGAGCAGCAACUGUGAAAGGAUAGGCGCCGUGUACAGCUACAAUCAAGGAGUAAUCCUCGGCGCUUUAGUUGAGAUGAACACAUUGACGGACAACUCCUCGUACCUCGAUAUCGCCAACGGCAUCGCCCACGCAGCUAUCGACCAACUCGCAAAGCCCAAUAACGGCGUCCUCACAGACGUCGGCUACCCUGUCGGCCCGGACCCAACAGGCGCCCAAUUCAAAGGCGUCUUCGCUCGGAACUUGAUGUACCUACAUCACGCUCAGCCCGACGAUGACUUCGCCGACUUCCUACAGUACAACGCCAAUUCGAUCUGGAAGAGCAAUCGUCAAGGCGACGGUAAAUUGGGUGCGUUUUGGCAGGGCCCGUUGCAGAACAUCACGGCUGCAGCACACAGCUCGGCGCUGGAUUGCCUCCUCGCGGCGGCUGCGGUAUCUUCGUAG